AACCAUUUCAUCGAUUAACAAACUUCCAAUGUUUUGCAAUAUUUUUCAUUAUUUUGGUCAUUAAUUUGCAAACCUUAGAACCAUGGAGUACUCGUAUAAAAAAGAACGUCGCUCCUUCGGCCAGCAGCAUAGUUUUCAAGACAAAGAUGAGGUGAUUUUCAACGAAACAUCAAAUCGCGAAAUGUGCAAGGAUUACAUCCUACGAAAUCCCGUCGACAGGAUGACCCAGUUCACAAAUCAAAUGUCCGUUAGUGUGGCAAAUACCGAGAGAGCCACCUUCAAGAAUUGUGGUAUAACCCACAAUGAAGGUGGCUGGCCCAAGGACAUAAAUAUGCAAGAUCCCGAACAGACAGUGAGAUAUAAGAGGAAAAUUGAAAAAGAUGAAAACUACAUAACACAGGUUAUGAAUCUAACGAAGCCCAUGGAACACUACAUCCAUCAGAAUAACGCGGUGAAUAUCUAUGAGAAUUACUUUGAGGAUUUGGAUCCUGCACCAUUGCCGGAGCCCUGCAGGUCUCGUACGGUUAAUGUUUAUCGUGAUCCGAAUGCAUUUAAGGUCCCGGUGACGCACUUGUCAUGGUCUCCAGAUGGUGGGAUAAGACUAGCGGCGAGUCAUUGUGACAUGAAGUUCCAAGGGAAUAAGUCUGGACAGUUGACCAAUUCGUAUAUUUGGGAGAUUGAGAAUCCAAAUGAACCUCUUGUAACGUUGGAACCGAAAGUUCCGUGUGUUUGUCUGGAGUACAAUCAGAAGGAUCCUACAUCUUUGGUCAGUGGAAUGUACAAUGGACAGGUGGCUGCUUGGGAUACACGUCAUGGUCGUUAUCCGGUGAUGAUAAGCGAACGUGAAGUUUGUCAUCGUGAUCCGGUGAACUCGAUUCUGUGGAAUAACUCCAAGAGUGGCACUGAGUUCUUUUCGGGAUCUUCGGAUGGUCAAGUUUUAUGGUGGGACACUAGGAAAUUGAAUGAACCUUUGGACAAAUUACUCAUGGACCCUGUGAGAACAGACGAACAGGAUCUGUCCCGAUCCUAUGGGGUAUCGGUGUUGGAAUAUGAAACCACAAUCCCAACACGGUUCAUGUGUGGCACAGAGAUGGGAAUGUUGUUUUGUUGUAACCGCAAGGGCAAGACUCCAAUGGAGAAGAUUCAAAUAAGGAUGAUGUGUCACUUAGGGCCAGUAUACGCCAUUACAAGGAAUCCCGCAUUUGUAAAGAACUUUUUAACGGUUGGUGAUUGGACUGCCCGGAUUUGGUCAGAAGAUUGUCGAGAAAGUUCUAUAAUAUGGACAAAGAGCAGUGCUGCAAUGUUGACAGAUGGGGCAUGGAGCUAUACAAAAGUAUCUCAAUUUUUCGUAACUCGAAUGGAUGGAGUGUUAGAUGCUUGGGACUUGCUGCAACAGCAGAAUGAACCCGUUUUGAGUGUAAAAGUCUGUGACGAACCACUUUUGUGUUUGAGGACAAAUGAGAAUGGAAAGUACGUGAGCUGUGGCAGUCAAAAAGGUGCAACUUUCCUCAUUGAAGUUUCUGAGAAUAUGCAGCAUUCAUCCAAGAAUGAUAAACCAUUAUUAACAGCGAUGUUUGAACGUGAAAAUCGUCGUGAAAAGAUUCUUGAAGCUAAAUCUAGAGAAAUAAAACUUAAAGUAAAAGUUGCGCAUGGUCCGGAACAAGGUGACCUGACAAUGUUAAAUGGAAAAGUAAAUGUGCAGCCAUUCAAAAAUGCCUGUGGACAAGCUGAAGCUGAAUAUUUUGCAGCUGUUGAACAGGAGAGACUUCGGCGGAUGCCUGGCAACAAGCGUAGAGGAUGUGGAUGAAACUGAUUUGUCGGAAGCUGAAAGUUCUAAAGCUUAAACUUGUUGUUAAGCUAAUUUUCAACAUGCAUAUGUUUGAAAUUAUUUAAAGUUGUGUAAUAAAUUUUAUGUUUAUUUAAGUAUG